UCCUCGCAGCGCAGACGCUGCUGCUGCCGAGACGCCGCUCCGGCUUCAGGGAACACGAAAGCCAAGUCGACUUAUACACUUUGAAUUCCGACGGAUGGUAUGGGAGACCGGCGGGACCCCUGGCAGUGAGAGAAGUCGUCCAGGUGGUUUCAGAUGGACUGAAUUAAAUCUGCAAGAUGGCGAAAACUAGGCACCGAAGAGGAUGGAGUAAACAAGCCCCUGUCGGCCUCCUACUGCUCCUCAUGUGCAUGACCAUCCGUGCUUCGGCACUGAUGGCAGGUUCAGAGGAGAAGGAGUGUCCAGAGGGGGACUAUCCCACUGAGGAGGGCAUAUGUUGCAACAAAUGCACUCCAGGUUUUAAACUUAAGGAAAAGUGUCAUGCUCCAGGCCAGAGAAGUACCUGCAUUCCCUGUUCUCCCGGUCAAUUCAAUGACCAGGAUAACUACAGCCGCAACUGCAAAAGUUGCAGAAAAUGCAAACGGACAAAGCAUGAAAUUGAGCAAUCUCCUUGUGAUAAAAAACGGGACACUAUUUGCAGCUGUGAGAAUGGUUACUAUAAGUUUAAAAUUGACUCAGAAACAUCUGAGUGUCGCACAUGUACCAUAUGUGGACAGAACGAGACUACAAAAGAGAAAUGUACGCCAUACGUUAACACUGUGUGUGAGUGUAAGGAAAAGUACCACAGGGUCAAUGGCAAGUGCGAACCCUGCGAGUCUUGUACCAAAGAUUGUGUUUUCAAAUGUUCCACAACACCUUUGACUACAAAAAGUCCCGAGCAUCCCCAUAGCCUGUUCAUCAAUGUACUUGUUGGAGUUGUGGCUGGGUUUGUUCUGUUGGUGGGGCUGGUAGGUUUCAUCACCUAUAUGUUCACAAAAAGACAUUACAAGGAGAAGACACGGCAUCCGUCCUGCAAGCCAUCAGACACCUCCUCCGACUCAUGCAAGGAAGCCUUGUUUAUCAGUGAAGAGGGAUCAGAGAACAGCAGUUUGAAUUGCAGCGCUCAAAGCCCCGUAUGUGAGCAGGACCAGUCCAAUCUGCCUGACUGCAUCCCCCUGGAAAUAAAGAACGCAGACCUGAUCUACACGGUGCUGGAUCUGGUUCCCGUACUGCAGGUGAAGCAGCUAGUGCGCUUUCUCGGUGUGAAGGACACGGAGAUCGAACAAGCAGAAUUGGAUCACCGAUCCUGUCGGGAAGCUCACUACCAAAUCCUGCGGGUGUGGGCUGAAAGAGGCUCACGAGCAGCUGCAGGGGUGCAAGGUGGAAUAUUACACCGUCCGCUUUUGGAGGAGCUGUUAGACAAACUGAGACAGAUGCACCUGGAUCGGGCAGCCGAGGAACUGGAGACAAAGUAUGGCAUUCAGUGAAUCUGUAAUGCCUGCCAAGUCACAUAAAAAAGGCUUAUGAGACCAAGUAUUGUUCACUCCAGAGUAUUGCCCACGGAGGGUUUUAGAGUGCACGAAUGCACAUGGUGCUACGACCAAAGCAGCAGCUUUAUUUCACAGUAUACCAGCGAGACUGAGGACUCUCAUCCUGACUGUCAAUGUUAGCAAACACCCAAGAAAGCCGAGGACAGACUCUCUAAAGACUGAAAACAAGACUUUGCCUUGAUGAAUUGAGCUUUGUUCAAAGGUUCUUUAUAAAGCCUGUGCGUUCUCUACACAAAGACUAAUAGCUGAGUUGCACAAUUUGCUCUGUGUAGCUUAAAGCUGAGAACCAGGAAGUUGGAGCAAAUCCAAUCAACUUACCAACCAGCAUCUCUAAGUCAACAAAGUGUGUGUGUGUGUGUGUGUGUGUGUGUGUGUGUGUGUGUGUGUGUGUGUGUGUGUGUGUGUGUGUGUGUGUGUGUGUGUGUGUGUGUGUGUGUGUGUGUGUGUGUGUGUGUGUGUGUGUGUGUGUGUGUGUGUGUGUGUGUGUGUGUGUGUGGCAUCAUUUGGGUAAAUAUGGUUAAUUAAAUCCCGACACUUGACCUGUGACAGUGUUUGAGAAGUGUUGGAGGAUUAAAUAUGUGGCUAUCCUUUCAUCUGUUAUGUUUGAAAGUUACUUUAUUGUGUCACAAAAAGACUGAAUGUACUAUGAAAAUGAUUUAAGAUCAAAACCAGUUUCUUUUUUUUUUAUUUCUCUUGUUUUAUUUUUUUGCAUGUCCAUGUUUUGUUUGAGGAGCCACAAUUGUCUUUCUGAAUUUGAAAGUUUUAUUUUACAAUCUAAAAGUUUUGCACAUGAAUCCAAAGAUUAAUGUGCAAAUCCAGAUGUUUUGUUGGUCUGAAUAUCAUUGGUAGGAUUUACUGUCUUUCUUGGCCAGUCUGGGUGAAAAAGGUGAGCUAGCAACCACAGUUAAUUACCGGUAUGUUGUAAGAUAAAAUAUGUAAGAUAAAAGUACAUUUACGGCAGUAGCUCAGGUGGUAGAGCGGGUCGUCCAAUGAUCGGAAGGUUGGCGGUUCAAAUCCCGCUCUGUCCCAGUUUGCUGUCGUAGGGUCCUUGGGCAAGACACCUUACCCACCUUGCCCCGUGUGAAUGUGUAUGAAUGUGUAUGAAUGUUGGUGGUGGUCGGAGGGGCCGUUUGGUGUGAUAUGGCAGCCACGCUUCCGUCAGUCUGCCCCAGGGCAGCUGUGGCUACAAAUUGUAGCUUACCACCACCAGUGAGGAUGUGUAUGAAUGAAUAAUGAUCUCUGUAAAAGCGCUCUGGGUGCCUUGAAGGGCGCUAUAUAAAUCCAAGUUAUUAUUAUUAUUAUUAUUACGUAGUAAUCAUAAAUGUGUAUGUGCACUGUGCAAAGAUCUGCCGUAUAUUUUAAUCAAACUGCACUAUACACACAAGAUGAUCUGUUAGCGAAAGGGAAAAUAUUUGGAGCAUGCGCUGUCUUUGUUCUACUGUACUGUAAAUGUUUUAUAUGUGUUUUUAAGACUUCAUAUUGUGCUGGAGGAAACUUAAAACAGUUGAUUGCCAUUUGUACAAUAUGUAUUUUCACACAGCCUUAUUACAUUAUUUUAAACUAAAUUGUAUAUGUUAUUGCUUUGAUAUACUAGAAGUCAUCUAAGCUACUUUGUUGUGACUAUUGUAAAGGUGAACUUAGUAUCGCUGAAAUCGCUUUUUUUGGAGGGAAGAUGUGUGUCAGAUGCAAUGGUGACUUUUUAAACGGUGUCAUAGAUAUAAUUAUUAACGUUUUAUUAGUCAAGCUGAAAAAAAAAAUCUGAUGGACUUCAUUAGAAACCAAGCAUGGGGAAGUAUGUUGUUCCUCCUCAGGGUGGAUCAGGCUCCUGCCAUGUUUCACAGGCUUUUCAAAGCCGUACAAGUAUUUUUUUUAAAGCCCCAUCGUGUAAGCAUUAUUCAUGACUGUCGGAGAAAACGGGGCACGCCUAGUCUCAUUCUGUCCCAGCCAGGCAGCCUUUACGCUGCCAGACGUGGCCUGUACAUUCACAUAUAAAUCUGCAACACUCAGACUAAAGAUGAGUCUUUCCUAAGCACUCUUCAUGACACUGUAUGACACUGUUUUAAUAUGCUUGAUAGAUUAUCUUUUAAUAAACAUGGCAUGAGUCACUGCAUGCCUGAACCGUG